CAACAGUUUUGGGGCAAGGACAUGACCCCUGGAAAGCAACGGUCAGACUUUGUCAUUAGAUUAUUCAUGUUUAGAUCUGUGUCUUGUGUUCAGACAGGGUAAGAUGGACAUGUCUCAAGGACAGCUGCGCUCGCAUGUGCCCAAAUUUGGUGACUGGGACAACGAUAAUCUACCGUACACAGCCUACUUUGAAAAUGCUCGCAAAGAAAAAGCCGGCAUAAGGAUGAACCCGAAUGAUCCUGAGGAGAAUCCGCAGGCCUUCAUGUAUAUGAGGGGAGGCCUGGAAAGCAAUUGUGAUUGCCAGCCAGUUCAGGUUCCUCCUGCUGCCCGUUCUCAGAAGUCCAUUCCAGCAGAUAAAAACCACAAUGAUGGACACAGCAGGCAGAUUGCUCCUAACAGAAACGGUUCUUAUGAUUAUCAGAAGAGUGUAAGAAGCCAUAGGAGCAUGGCAUCAGAAUCUGGCAGUGAAAUGAGCAACUCUGACCAUUCACUUCUACGGUUCAAUCAUCGACGUGCAAACUCUGGCCAGAAGAAAGGUCGGGUUGGGGGAAGUAGCUUCUCUUCAUCUGUCUCGGGACAAUUUACACACAGAAAUGGAAGCUACCAAUUUGAUAACAAUAGACAGCAUCAUAGAACAGCAUCAAUACCAAAAUUUGGGGAAUGGGAUGAAACUGACCCAACAUCAGGUGAAGGGUAUACUGCCAUAUUUAACCAAGUGAAAGCGGAGAAGCAAGCUCCGACUUCCAAGUUCCCAACAGUGCCUCCACAGCAGGGCAAUUACUCAGACUGUCAUCACAUUAAACCUCGGACUCCUUCCUUUUGCUCAAAGAUAUGUUGCUGCUUGUUUUCACGUGGAAGUGACUAACAGACAUGGAAUGGGAUUGCUUUUUGUUUCCCACUGGCUCCAUGGGAGGGUUUUUCAUGUGAAUCCUGAUGGGAUUCCCACAAUUUGCACUUGUCUAGUAUGCCCUUCAUUCAGGGAAAAUACCUUGAAUGCCUUCGUUUUGAGUAUUCUAAAGCACAAUAUCUUUAUUAUUAUUACCUCUCUUUUUUCCCAAUAUUUUCUCUUUUAAUGACAUUACAUCCUUGGGAAAAAAAGGAUUCACAAAUUGUUUUUCUACUGCUGGGUAAC